UGCCCUCGCAGGACGCACAAACGGACACCUGAGCCCAUGGAUGCAGUGCAGGAAUCCCCCGCCGACCAGGGAGUACAGCUCCUGGACAUCAGCUCCAACUCGCCCCUGUCUGAACCCAAAGGUGAGGAGGAGGCCGGCCAGCAGGGGAAGCCGCCGUACUCUUACGUGGCUCUCAUUGCCAUGGCCAUCAAGGACAGCCACGACAAGAGACAAACGCUCAGUGGAAUAUAUGACCACAUCAUCUCCAAGUUCCCCUACUACGAGAAGAACAAAAAAGGGUGGCAAAAUAGCAUAAGACACAAUUUGUCUCUCAAUGAGUGCUUCGUCAAGAUUCCCCGGGACUACGGAAGGGACAGAAAAGGCAACUAUUGGAUGCUGGACCCCGCAUUUGAGGAUAUGUUCGACAAGGGGAACUACCGGCGGCGGAGGAGGGUGAGGAGACCCUACAGACCCCCGAGCGUGCCUUGUCUGACCGGGAACUCCGUGGACUAUUCCGAUCCGUUCUACCUGCAGCCUUACAUGAGCAGUUCCUGGAGCCUGCCCCAGCAGUCCGCAUACCCGACACCUCAGGUCAUGUCCCCGAGCGGCCCGGUGAGCUCGUACUGCUCGUCCCCCCACUUCCAUCACUCUCCCUACGGCGCCUACCACCGCCACCCGCCCGUGCUGGUGCCGCACAAUGGGUGUCCCUACGGCGCAGUGACCCAGUCGAUGAGCCCCGGCGGGGGCACCGUUUCGAUGGCAUGUAACUACCAGCAGCUCACCACCUAUGCAAGACAAGCGGAGGCGCCGCGAGUUUACUCCUAUGACCAGUAGAGUUUUGAUUUAUUGACCGUUGACAGCCGGUUAGUUCACUGACUCAAGGUUCAUCUGCUUAACGUGGGCUGUCACUCGUUUGGCAGACAACAUUGAUUGUUUGGUAGUUUGUUGUUAAGGUACAGAAAUGUGUGAAUUAACUGUGAUAAAUUGUUGGAUUAAGUUGAUCGAUAGGCCACAGUUCCAAAUGCCAAGGAAUUUCCGUCAGUGACGUCAACGUUACGCAUCACAUUUUGUUUUAGAAAUAUCACCGUUCAAGUUUCAGGAAGACAGUUGAUUUGAGUCUGAGGCUUAGUUGAUGCCUCUUUUGUUGAAGACUUAUUUGAAGCCAAAUAAACGUUUUUGUUUGAUUUCCUUUUUACUUAUUGCUGUUUUUUUUACAUUUUUUAAAUGUUCUUACUUUUGAACAAACUAUUUGUAAUUAUGUUAUUUAUUUUAUUUCUCUGGUUUUGUGCAAUUCUCUGUGCUGCUACUGUUGGGCACAUCGAAGUACUGAUGAGUUAUGGUCACUUGAUGUAG